AUGAUGACGGAAGAAGGUACUUUCACAAAGGAGGAAAAACACCAACCAAUUACAGACAAUGAGUCUGAAUCAGUGGAAGAUGCCGUUUAUAAGUACGUGGGUCUUCAACAGCAAUUGCUCCAACAUCAACAGGACAAGGAACGUCAAUUACAACAACAACAGGAGGGUAUCUCAAAAGAUGGUUCGGAACAUUCAUCGAACGAUAAUAAUGGUAACAAUAUUCAAGAUUGGCUUCAUGCUGAUGAUGUGGCUAUCGCUGCUGUGACGGCUGCGUUUGAAAGAAAUACAAAGAGGUAUCCAGAAACUUUAAUACAGGGAGACUCUACGAAACGUCGUAAGGGAACAGGAUCCUCAACAUCUCAUACUUCCAAUCCUGUAGUGAUGGUAGACCCUGAAUUGACUACUUUAGAUAAUGACGAUGAAGAAAGAAGAAGAAAUGACGAAUUAGUAAACAAGGCCAUUUUAGAAACUGAUGCGAUUUCUCAAAAUGCUGACUUUCAACAAUAUUUAAAUACAGAAAAGAUUGCAAGACAUGAGCAAGAUGAAGAGGAUGAACGCUUCCAAAAACAUCAACAGCAACAACAACAAGAGAUGCAUCAAAAUGCACAGGAUCUGGGCAUUCAAUUACAAAUAGAAGGUGAUAUCAAUAAACAAUACACUGAAUCCUUAACCAGUCAUGCUAAUGAGUCGUCAGCACUUACUAAGUCAUUGGAGAAGAGAAACUUUAGAGAAGUCCUUCCAAAAGUGAGUGCUAGAUUGGAUGAGGAACUUGCACGUCAACAACAGGUAUCGAAUAAUAAUGCUUCUCAUGGUAUGCUAAAUAAUCGAAUAAACAAACAGGAGAAUGAAGAUGAAAUUUCAAAGAUGUUCUCAUCAGCGGUAAUCAAGGCAUCCGCUUUAGUCGAUCACACAACUAAGACAACCAGAACGAAUAAGAGUAAAUCAUUCAAUGCUAUGGAAGAUGCUGCAUUGGAAGAGUUUGUCAAAGAAUAUCAAAUCAUUGAAAAUAUUGAUAGAGAAAAAGUUUGCCUAAGAAUUUGGAGUAACGAUAGACCAAGAGAUAAUUUCUGGAAUAAUAUAUAUAAAGUGCUACCUUAUAGGUCUAAUUCCUCCAUUUACAAACAUAUGAGGAGGAAAUAUCAUAUUUUCCAACAACGUGGUAAAUGGACACCAGAGGAUGAAAAAAAAUUAGCCGAGUUAUGUGCGGAAAAGGAAGGUCAAUGGUCAGAUAUCGGUAAAGAAAUGAAUAGAAUGCCCGAAGAUUGUAGAGAUCGUUGGAGAAACUAUGUGAAGUGUGGUGCUAAUCGUGCCUCAAAUAAGUGGACUAGUGAUGAAGAAAAUCAAUUGAGAAAAAUCAUCAAUGAGAUGGUAGCUGAAGCACAAGAAAAAAUAAGAGAUGAACAUAUAGCUACGGAACCUAAGGAUAAAUCUCCAUAUAUACCGAGAACCGAAAAUGAUAAGCAAAAUGAAAACCAAGGUGAUACUGACAUAGAGGAAAAAGAAGGUACGGAUAAUGCGGACCCUAAAUUAAGUGAAUCACUAAACCCAGAGAAUAUUGAGAUUGAUGCAGAAAUAAGUGAACAACCUAUGGAGACAGCAACCUCGACAUCUGUUGCUUCACUACCUAAGGUCAAUCUAAAAGAUGUCAUUAAUUGGACAGUGAUCAGUGAACGAAUGGGGGGUACAAGAUCCCGUAUCCAAUGUCGUUACAAAUGGAAUAAACUGAUGAGACGAGAAGCUUUAUAUCGGAUCGAAUUCUUUACGGCAGGAGAAAGAGAUUGGCUUUUAAGAAAGAUAAUAGAACUUGGUUAUCCCGACGAAAAGCAAAUCAAUUGGGAUAACCUCUCAGAAAUUGUCGAAGCGUCAGGAUCCAAGACUAAAUGGACACCAUUGGAGCUCAAAUUAUUUUUCGAAAAAAGUAAGAAACCAAUCAAGCAUCACAGGGAUAAGACACUAACUGAACUUUGUCAAGAAAUGAUUGCUUAUUACGAUUCACAGAUGUCCAUAUCCGUUUGA